AAAAUAUUUCUUUUCUGAGAGUUUUUCAGCCAUGAGAAUAAGGAAGCAUGCCAAAAUUUCCCCGCUCCACUAUGCUUCUUCAAUAUUUUUCCAACAACACGGUGCCGUUUUACAGACCCACGUCUGCCAGCUCAACCAGUCUCCAUGGGAUGUCAUCACAUUCCCCGGUGAAGAUUUACAAAACGAUAAUAUUAUUAACCACCACACACUACUUCCUCCUCCUCCACCGGCUCCGGCACCGUCUUCUUCUUCUUAUCAGUUGGAUGGAUAUGAUAGUUGCGCUGUAAAUGGGACCUUUUAUGAUUCUGAACAGAGUAGCAUCACUACAAUGAAGCUGGAGGCGAAUGAUAGUGAGAUGAAUUAUUUUGAGGAUAAUAUUGUCGCUGAUGUUCCUGCUGAUUCCGGCGAUUUCGAAAAGGAUGAGCAAGACAAUGAGAUGAUAGAUGGAAAUAAUAAUAAUAAUAUUACAACAAUGUGCUGCAAAAAUGACGGGAAGGGGUGGCAAUGCAGUAGAGAGUCGAAAAGAGGGCAUAAUUUAUGUGACCACCAUUUCGCUCAAAAGCAUUACAUUACUAUCAACAACUCAGCUCAUUCGACGACUGCGGCUGAGACAACUCAUAGUUCUCGCGGCCGCCCGCAUCGUCCUAAGAAAUCUUCGUCUUCCGAAUUUUACUAUUAUUCGGGUUUUGGUCCUUUAUGGGGCAAGAAAAGAGGUCCGUCUUCCACUGACAAGUCUACUAACGGAGCACAAUCUUCAUCUUCUCAAAUGGAUAAUGAAGGAUUUGACUAUAUGGAAGACGACGAAUAUGAUGAUAAUGAUGACGAUGAAGUUGAAAUCUGUAAGCUGAAGAUCAAAAGAGCCCGAAAGCCCAUCAAAGCUAGGUCACUCAAAUCUUUAAUGUGAAAUUCUCAACAAUAAUUUCUAGCUAGCUUACUACUGCUUUUUCGUUGCGAUAUAUUAUAUUAUCGUAGAAUAUUGUUAGUUUUUUUUUGUAAGGUGUUUUAGGGUAUGCUAGAUGAUUUUGGUUUCAUGUUUGUAGUGUCCUAUUCUAGGUGUCUACAUAUAUUAGCUUUAAUUUGCUUCAGUGUAUUGUAGCCUUGGCAUGUGUGGCAAUGUUUUUUUUGUUAUAUAUA